GCCUCGCGCAUGACGUCGGCUCAGGGACGACGCGUCACUGCUGCUGAUGCCAAACCCAAAACAAGAAGGAUCUUCCUUCAUUGGAUUUUAUUAGUAGAAGCGACACAAAGUGGUGGUUUUUGAUCGUUUUAUCUGCUAAAACACACGGUUUUUUCUGCUAUUUCAGCGGCUGGAGGCUUUGGAGGUAGAAGGAGCUGUUUGCUCGAUUGCUGCGGGUUUUGCUGCUGCAGAACAUCAGGCCACACACAGCACGAACAAAGGAAUUAUAAGAGAUUACUUUUUAUUUCCCAGUAUUUAUCACUGACAGUGCCUGUGCGGUCGCGAUAGAAAGAGUAGAAGCUGUUAUACGACCUGCUUAUACGAUAAUAGAGCUGUGUUGUUGAGCUUUAGCUGCAUAAGCAAAAAAAAAACACAAUGAGCUCAGAAGAGACUGGAGCGGCCGCCAAACCCGCUCCGGAGGAUGACGGCAUGACCUGGUGGUACCGAUGGCUCUGCAAAAUAGCUGGAGUUCUGGGAGGGAUCUCUUGUGCCACUGCAGGAGUGUGGAACUGUGUCACUAUUAACCCUUUAAAUAUUGCUGCUGGAGUGUGGAUGGUGUUGACUGCUUGUGUAUUGUUUCUGUGUGAAGUCCCCUUCUGUUGCCAGUUUGUAGAGUUUGCUAAUGCGAUAGCAGCUCGUGCAGACCGACUCAAGCCUUGGCAAAAGGCACUAUUCUACUGUGGGAUGGCUAUAUUCCCAGUAAUCUUGCGUUUCAAUUUUACUACACUGUUUGGAAACGCCAUUGCCUUUGCAACAGGAGUUCUGUAUGGUCUUGCAUCCUUAGGCAAAAAAGGGGACGCUGUGACUUAUGCCAGACUUCAGCACCAGAAACAGGGAGAUGAAGAGAAGAUAACAAAUGGAGCUCCUGAAUAAGACCAAACAAUAGUAUCUUAAUUUUAAUUUAUUUGCUUUGAUUUCCAGUUCUCCAGCCCCUCACAGCCACCCUCUACUUAUAUUAAUUAUACCACUUGUUUUUUUUUCUGAUUGGCCCAAAUAACACUGACCUUUUAUAACUCUCUGUCCUUUAAUUAAUACUUAUUUUAUGACAGUGAGUGGAGUCAGCCGUCAUUGAGUAUUUUAGACCUACACUUUAUUUAAACGUUCCUUUAAAUGGGGUAAAGGGGAUUGUGAAUGUAUUAGCAAAAACAAAUUUUAGCUUUUUUCUUAAAGGGAUUUGUGGAGACCAGUAGUGUUUCGAUGCAUGAACACAAACACUGGUCUCGUUUAGAUUGUUGACUAUGGGAUUGUAUGUAAUAAUCCAAAUCAAUGUUCUGUUAUAACUGGUAAUUUAUUUAUUUAUUUGUCCAUACAUGGCGAAUUGAACUUGAUCAUUUUUUGUGCAAACGAAGGGAAAUGGCAUUCAUGUAGGCUAGAUUUUGUGAGGGUAAUACAUUAUCUCAAACAUGCACACUCAAUUUUGAAUCUAUAUGAUUUUUCCUGGUGACAUUUCGUCUGCGUGUGUCACCAGGAUUAACAAGAAACAGUCCAGGUACAUCCAAUCAGUAUAUGCCAUGAUUUGCCUUUGUCACACAGUUGACAUGAGCAGCGGUGAGAAGUGAUGAUUGUGUUUGUAGUGUUGCCUCGCCUCUGUUGUCACCUGUAUUACCGAUAUAUGUUUACAUGUACCUCUCUUACCUUAUUCAACAUUGUAAAUCUAUUUGUUACUCCAACUGUUACCACCAGCUCUCAGGUAUUGUGUAUAAUGUUACUGUCGUUUAAAGGGAUUGGAACGAGCAGCAAUUCUGAGCCUAAAAAUGUUGUUAAACUGUUGAAAUUACUGUACAAAUGUUUAACAAUGUGAUUGAACACUACAGACCCAUGUUUAACUUUGGUCUCAGAGAUAAGAAAAACCUAUGAUUUUUUUUUUUUUUCUUGCAAUCUACCCAUAUUUAUUUGACUUCACUCUUCUGCGGUGAUGUACUGAGUAAUUGAUUAUGAGUCAGUACAGGGGUUGUCAAUGUUACUUUUUGUGUAUGUGUUAUGUCAACAGUGUGUGUGGUGGGUCUGGACCUUGCUUUAACUUUGUGAAUUAAACAAACCUUUUUGUUCUUUAAA